UCGGAAAUUUUCCUGCCAUAAAGAAGUGUAUGUUACACUUAUUAUGAAUUAAUUUGAUAAUCGUGACGUAAAGCUGCAAGACGUUGUACCUACGUUUCUAUGGGAUAGUAUUUCGUUGUGUAAUAGACAAUAAAGUGGGCGCUGACUAUCCGAAGGUCGAAGGAUUUAAUGUCUCAGUUCAUUUGGUAAACGAUUCGUGUUUUAUUGUCAGCUAGUUACUGAAUUUGUAGCAUGACUUAUUGUACGUAAAGUGCCGCAGAAAUUAUAUCUGACUUCGAGGAAGUUUACGUUCUGAGUUGAAAUAUUUGUGAAGUCUGGACAAUUACGUUUUUAUACAAGACAACCAGUGUUAAAUGUGUGUGCAGCGUAAGAGAACAAACUCCAGAUUAUAGGAAAUCUGCUUCACAUGCGGCUUAGAGUGUGAUAUAUUGGGAUACAAAACAUUUUACAAUGCCCUUGUUUGGUAAAUCUCAGAAGAGCCCUGCAGAAGUAGUUAAGGCGUUAAAAGAAGCCGUCAAUGCACUGGAACGAGGAGAUAAAAAGGCUGAAAAAGCACAAGAAGAUGUCAGCAAGAAUCUGGUACUCAUUAAAAAUAUGCUGUAUGGGACAUCAGAUGCAGAACCACAGACUGAUAUAAUUGUUGCACAACUAGCUCAGGAACUGUAUAACAGCAAUUUACUACUUCUGCUGAUUCAGAAUUUGAAUCGCAUUGACUUUGAGGGAAAGAAGGAUGUCGCUCAAGUUUUCAAUAACAUACUACGUCGGCAGAUUGGAACUAGGUCACCUACUGUGGAGUAUAUAUGUACGAAGCCGGAAAUACUUUUUACUCUUAUGGCUGGGUAUGAGCAUCAAGAAAUUGCACUCAAUUGUGGAACAAUGUUAAGGGAAUGUGCACGAUAUGAAGCACUAGCAAAAAUAAUGCUUUAUUCGGAUGAAUUUUUUAACUUCUUUCGAUAUGUUGAAGUUUCAACAUUUGAUAUAGCUUCAGAUGCCUUUUCGACAUUCAAAGAACUCCUUACACGCCACAAGCUGCUUUGUGCAGAGUUCCUGGAGUUGAAUUAUGAUAAAGUCUUUUCCCACUAUCAGAGACUUCUGAACUCUGAAAACUAUGUAACACGUCGACAGAGUUUGAAAUUGCUCGGUGAACUUCUGCUGGACAGACAUAAUUUCACAGUUAUGACAAGAUACAUAUCGAAUCCUGAUAAUUUGAAACUAAUGAUGAAUAUGUUGAAAGAAAAAUCCAGAAAUAUUCAGUUUGAAGCCUUCCAUGUUUUCAAGGUAUUUGUUGCAAAUCCAAACAAACCGAAGCCAAUUUUGGACAUAUUGCUGCGAAAUCAAGAGAAGCUAGUAGAGUUUCUCACGCGCUUUCACACGGACCGAUCAGAGGAUGAACAAUUCAAUGAUGAGAAGGCAUAUCUUAUUAAACAGAUAAAAGAGCUGAAGCCUUUGACAGACCACUAACAGCAGGACAAUCUGGCAGUCUAGUGUUAGAAAAAAAGUGCAUAUUAAUAUUGCAAACAAGAAAAGUUGCUUCCAUUAUUUUGUGAACAUACAAAACACAGGAAAUAAUGUUCCACAAAUAGCACCUCUGUUCCCAGCUUGGCAAUAGAGAUACGAGGGUUUCACAAAACAUUUGACACAUGUGAAUUUGGCCUGCGUGUGUGGGUUCUUUAUUUGAAAUAAACUAGUCCCACUUAAACUACUGCUGCUACUACUGCACUUCCACUGUGGAAAAUUUUCACAUCUUUUCCAAGCUCACCAAGAUGGAAAGAUCUGAAAGUUUGCUUCUAGAGCUUUAGCAUAUCUAAACUGUUGAAGUUUCUCUUCUUUUUUCCUGUUUUAGUGGGUGAGUAGACACAAAUAUAACUGGAUACAAUAGCAUAUUUGAAUUGAUUUUAAAUCUUUCAUUGUAUUAGUAUUUAGUUGCAGAAGUGAAAUUAAUAAAAUUUAUUAAACUUAUUUCAUAUCUGCUGAAGCUAAAUUAUGUUUGUUGUUAUUGUGAAAUUAGUCCAUAAGACUUUGAGUUAUUGAUCAUGUUGGCUCAUACAAUGUUGCUUGAAAAGGAAGAAGGAAAAUCCAAAACCUAUGUUAAAAUAACUUGUUAGCUGUGACUGAAACCAGCAUCAGUUAUAAAUUUUAGAACAGCAACUAAAAUUUUUAAGAAGCAUUAUGCAUAGUACAGCAAUGGUGCAAUUACUGUUGUACAGUAGUGCUGAUCUGCAGUAUCAAAAUAAUAUUGUUCAGUUUUUAAGGACUUAUGUUGAUUGUGUUUUAAUGUAUAUAUGAUUGUUGUCUUUUACUUGUAGUUCUGUAUUAUAAAACUAAAUUUAGUAUAAACAUUUUUAAGAGAGACUUUGUUACAGUCUGGUUGAUUGUGACAGUGUUUGUCUAUUGACAGUAUAAAAAGAGCUGUUUUAACAUGGACUUAAAACAAACACAUUUGCAAAAAAUUCAUCAGGAUGAUUUUUUUAAGAGAGAACAAUUUUUUGGAAAUAAAGUGACCCAUUUUGUUUCAUACAUCUCCCUUGCAAACAUGUGCUUUAUAUUUAAAAAUGUGGGAGAGAUUUGAUUGAAAUAAACUACUGUCUGCAGAU